UACUACAGCCAGGAAACAUAUGUUCUCCGUCCAGGAGAUAUAGAGCGAAAAUGUGAAGUAAGAAAGAAAAAUGAUAUGCCCUUAUGCCGCGAAUAUCCAAUAUCAGAUCAUAUUUUCUUCUGCGAACUUUUCUUUGAUUCCUCCAAAGGUUCUCUCAAGCAGUUGCCCGCCAAUAUGAAGCUGAAGUUCUCGACUAUUAAGGACGACACACUUCUAAGAAAGAAAAAGGGAAAGGGAGUAGAGAGUGAAACUGAGUCUGGGAUUGUCAAGCCUGAUGAGCCACCUAAAGAGAUGCGUUUGGCUACUCUAGAUAUAUUUGCUGGUUGUGGUGGCCUGUCUCAGGGACUGGAAAAGGCUGGUGUAUCUGAUACAAAGUGGGCAAUUGAGUAUGAAGAGCCAGCUGGGCAGGCUUUUAGACAAAAUCAUCCUGAGUCAACAGUUUUUGUUGACAACUGCAAUGUGAUUCUUAGGGCUAUAAUGGAGAAAGGUGGAGAUCAAGAGGAUUGUGUCUCUACUAAGGAGGCCAAUGAACUCGCAGCUAAACUUGAUGAGGACCAGAAGAGUACUCUGCCAAUGCCUGGUCAAGUGGACUUCAUCAACGGAGGACCUCCGUGUCAGGGCUUUUCUGGGAUGAACAGAUUCAACCAAAGCUCCUGGAGUAAAGUUCAAUGUGAAAUGAUAUUAGCAUUCUUGUCAUUUGCUGAUUAUUUCCGGCCAAGGUAUUUUCUUCUGGAAAACGUGAGGACCUUUGUUUCAUUCAAUAAAGGGCAGACAUUUCAGCUUACUUUGGCUUCCCUUCUCGAAAUGGGUUACCAGGUGAGAUUUGGUAUCCUGGAGGCUGGUGCAUAUGGAGUAUCCCAAUCUCGUAAAAGAGCUUUCAUCUGGGCAGCUGCGCCCGAAGAAGUUCUCCCAGAAUGGCCUGAACCGAUGCAUGUCUUUGGUGUUCCGAAGUUGAAAAUCCCUCUAUCCAAAGGCUUAUAUUAUGCUGCUGUUCGUAGUACUGCAUUUGGUGCACCUUUCCGCCCGAUCACCGUGAGAGACACAAUUGGUGAUCUUCCACCAGUAGAAAACGGAGAAUCCAGGACAAACAAAGAGUAUAAAGCUGAAGCAGUCUCGUGGUUCCAAAAGGAGAUAAGAGGGAGCAUGAUUGCUCUCACUGAUCAUAUAUGCAAGGAGAUGAAUGAAAUAAACCUCAUUCGAUGUAAGACAAUCCCAAAGAGGCCAGGUGCUGAUUGGCGUGACCUGCCAAAUGAAAAGGUAAAGCUAUCAACUGGGCAGGUGGUAGAAAUGAUUCCCUGGUGUCUGCCAAACACAGCUAAGCGCCACAACCAGUGGAAGGGACUCUUUGGGAGACUAGACUGGCAAGGCAAUUUUCCGACUUCCAUUACCGAUCCUCAGCCCAUGGGCAAGGUGGGAAUGUGCUUCCAUCCUGAACAGGACAGAAUCCUCACAGUCCGUGAAUGCGCCCGAUCUCAGGGGUUUCCGGAUAGCUAUGAGUUCUCAGGGAACAUAAUACACAAGCAUAGGCAGAUUGGGAAUGCAGUCCCUCCACCAUUGGCGUUUGCUCUUGGUCGUAAGCUCAAAGAAGCCCUACAUCUCAAGAAGUCUCUUCAACAACAACCCUAAAUGAGAUUUAGAUUUGGCAUGUCCUUUUUAAUGAUAGUAGUCAUUAUGAUCCUUCUCGUGAAUAAAACUCAUAUAGUUAUUGGUGCUGGUACUUUUGGUUAAGAAAAGCCUAGUAAGAAGAGUUUUUGUAUAUUCUAUCUAUAUUCGGAUUGGAAAUCUUUAUAUUGUGUCUCAAUUAUGUUUGUCAA